GGUCCACUCUUUGACAAAACGCUGACGUUUUCAAUUUCAUCAAGACUUCAACUUUCGUUCUGAAAUCCCUCGAUCGUUUCUCAUCUUCUCCACCAAACUCCCCCAAUUUCUGCGGAAAAAUCCCAAUUAAAAGUAGAGCAAUGAAUAGUAGCUCUGAAGGAGGAGGAGGGGCGAGCAAUGGGGGGAUAUUGUACCACGAGGUACAAGAGUCGAAGCUGUGCGCGGUGCAUUGCGUGAAUACGGUGUUGCAGGGGCCUUUUUUUUCGGAGUUCGAUUUGGCGGCGCUGGCGUCGGAUCUCGAUCGCACGGAGCGGCAGAUGAUGCUCGGCUCCGUCACCGGAGAUUAUCUCCCGGAGCUUUCGCACAACGUUUCUCUAGAUGGAGACUUCAGCAUCCAGGUUCUGCAGAAAGCUCUAGAAGUAUGGGAUUUGCAAGUCAUUCCGAUGAACAGUCCAGUGGCCGAGCCAGCUCAGAUAGAUCCCGAAAAGGAAAACGCAUUCAUCUGUCAUUUACAGGACCAUUGGUUCUGCAUCCGAAAACUGAACGGUGAGUGGUACAAUUUCGACAGCCUAUUAGCAGCACCCGAGCACCUCUCGAGAUUCUACCUCUCAGCCUAUCUGGACUCGCUCAAGAGCUUCGGAUGGAGCAUUUUUCUCGUUAGGGGGAAUUUUCCAAAGGAGUGCCCGAUCUCUUCUUCGGAAGCUUCCAAUGGAUACGGGCAAUGGCUUUCGCCCGAAGACGCUGAGAGGAUCACCAAAUCGUGCAACUCGGCUUCUUCUAGAAGAGCACUUGUUCCGUACGCUGACGUGGAAGCUGUACCGGACGAUGAAGACGAGGAUUUGAAAGCUGCUAUAGCUGCGAGUUUGUUGGAUUCUGCUCCACCACCACCACCACCACCAACUAUUGGCGGUGAGCAACCUGGUACUUCGCCCGAGGAAAACAAGAACAGCGGCGCAUAGAAGGCGUGAAAAAGGAAAAGAGACAUGUUUUAAGGUUAUUUAUAGUUACCUCCCCUCUUAAUUGUGUGUAAUGUACAAUUUUUUUCUCCUUUGUUUGGACAAAAAAGAACUGGAGAUUUUACUGUUUUGAUUACUGGGGAUUAUAGUACAUUUCUUUUGUAAUAAAUGGCCCCAUCAUAAUUGAAUGUUGAUAAUUAUUAAUUUAGUGUUGAUUGA